AUGACAGCAAAUUACAUCAACAUCAUCCAGUAUAAUAACCAGGAGGGUACGCUUCAGGCGGCCAAUGCCAAUAACCGGCGAGCUUGGGAUGCCAUCGCCGACUGGUGGGAGAAGAACCAGACCGGCAAGUCCGGUACCGAUGAUGGCAACGACAUGUUCACUCAGUGCCUCAUUCCAGAAGUUGAGAGCCUGGCCGACUGGAAGGAGGGAGAAACUGUUCUGGAUCUCGGGGCUGGUAGCGGCAUCAUCUGUCGCCGUUUUGCACGGAAAGGCGCCGAAGUAACUGGGCUUGACUACUCUGAGCCUAUGCUCGUGAAGGCGCGAAACCGCACCCUGAGCGACAACCUGGUGGUCAACUAUGGGUAUAUUGACUUGAUGGAUUACGACAAUAUGCGCUCGUACGCCGAGAAGCAUUCACCCUUUGAUAUAAUUACCAUAUCAACAACACUAAAGUCACUACCAUCUCUCCAGCCUCUGGCAAGAGCCCUGCCUCUGCUCCUCGCUCCAAACGGCCGCGUUGUCAUCGUGGACCUGCAUCCUGCGUUUUCGAAGCCCGCUGGCCACCGCGGAAUGGAGAUCUUCGAAGAUCCUACCACUGGUAAGCAACAGCUACAAACCUAUAUCAAGGUGAUGCGAUACCUGGACAUCCCACCUUCGCAGAGUGAAGCAGUCCGCGGGCAGCCCGAGCCACUUACAGUCUAUCAUCGUCCGUUCUGGUCACUUUUCGAACCCUUCUUUCAGGCAGGGCUCGUCAUGGAUGCGAUGCGGGAGCCGGCUUUCAAGACCGAAGGCGGAGAUCCAGAGCACGCUCAGAGUUACCACAACUUCCCGCAGACACCCAUGCUGCUGGCCUUUCGCUUGAAGCAUUCAGGAUGCCCCGACAAGGUCAGUGCACGGAGGCGGGAAGUGUUCGGGGGACCUUGA